GCGGCUAACGGAAGAGGCGUCCUAGCACAGCUAGAGUUUACGUGUCCUCCUGAAUCAUGGGCAGCACACAUAAUGGAUGAGUUAUGGAUUAAAGACUGAUUGGUGAAAGAACAUAUAGCAGCUAGAAAACACCCGGCCAUCAGCGAGCGUCUCCUGCGUGAUGUUUGCAGGAUAUGAACCGUUUUCGUCUGCGGCGCUAUGAUUCCACUCUUGAUAGCAGGGGUGGUGUUUCUGGUGGGAUUUGUGUGCGUCUUACUCUUCAGAUGGCUUUGCUGUAGGUUAGUCAUCCUUGUCUUCCACACUGCCCUGAAUGCGGAGCUGAAAAUCAAGUCAGUCGGCUUCUUUUCGCUGCAUGGGAUCAGCGUCCAGUUCUUGCCUCAACAUACCCUGGAAAUCGACAAAAUAUGGAUUUCAAGCAAAUUGGUGAACCAGGACUUUCCGAGGUACCUGGCACUGUGUGUGGGGGAGGUGCGGGUGCGGCUAGACCUGCAGGAGCCUCUCCCGCAGCGGGGGAUGGGCAGCCGCGGAGGGGGCGCACGUGAGGCUCCGACCAUCCCCACCACACUGUACCUCCUCUCCCAGUUGGUGUCGCUCCACGUCGGCUCCGUAAACGUGAUGUUUCUGAACCCACUGCUGCCUGAGUCCCUGUGGCACAUAGCCAGCUCUGCCAUCACACUACUGCUCCAUCACCACAACAAGAGGUUAUCCUGGGAGUUUUCGGUGAGCCAGCUCAGCAGUAAAGUGUUAAGGAGCAGCAGACUGCAGGACACGUGUCUGGCAGAGGUGUCUCUGGGCCUGGCUGUGAGUGGAGACGUGAGUUUGCAGGACCUGCGCCUGGGACGGCUGUCUCUCAGCGUCAGGACACUGCUGGCCGAGCUGCACGAGGGCUUGUUUCACUCUAACGUAAAGCCCCCGGGGGCGGCAUCUCGGCCGGACACCUGCCCCGCCCCCACAGAACAUGCAGACGAGAGCAACCAGAUGGAAGUAGUGGAGAAGCUCCAGCAGAUGGCGCCGCAGCAGGUCAGCGUGGAGUUUGAGAACACCAACAUCACACUGUCCAUGCACAGCCAGAAACGGCACCUCAACUGGACCCUGAAGUGUCUGAAGGUGGGAUACAAACAGGAGGAGGAGGAGGAGGAGGAGGAGGAGGGGAAGGUCAGCUGCCCUCACAGCUGCCUGGAGAUCCUGCUGGAGGAUGGACUACUUCUCUCUCAGAGCAGACAGAGAAUCAUCUGUCUCAACACCUUUAAAACUCAGCUCCAGGUGAGCUCUGAGGACACCUGUGGUACAGUCACCAUCAGCACCUGUAUCGUGCACUACCGACAACAGGAGUUCUCUCAUUGGCUGGACCUGUUCCCGUGGCAACAGCUCACUCACAGGAAGCCCCAUCACAGAAAAAGGAGACUUCCUGUCUUGGAGGGGUCUGUGCGGCUCAGCUCCUCUGUGUCCAACGUUAACGUGUCUGUCCAGCUGGGGGACACGCCACCCUUUGCUCUGGGCUUCAUCGCUGUGGACGCAGAACUGAAGCACUGCAUGGCACCAGCAGAGGGUGCUCAGCUGCGUGUGAACGUGACCCGGCGAGCCUCUGUGUCCCUAGACCACCUCUGGUGGCGGGUGGGGCAGGGGUCCCACAUCCAACAGGCCCCCCAUCCUCCAGGCAGACACGUGUGGGGAGAGGCCGUCAUCCUGGACUCCGUUGCCCUGCAGGCCAGCUCCAGUCUGGUCCGGACUGUGGACUCCACCUCCACGGUGAGCGGGGGUGUGGAGGUGCGUGUGCAGGGUUUGCAGGUGGAGGUCUCUGAGACGUGUACCCUGUGCCUCUCUCGACUGCUUUCCCUGCUCCGGCUGGCCCGCAGUCCAGAGACGUCCGCUGCCGGGCCUUCGACUGGCUCGGAGACACCAGCAUCUGUACCCCCCACCUUCACCCUGGAAUUGGACCUGAAGGACGCCAACGUGUUCACCCUGUCUGAUGUGGCAGGUGCCGUGGCGCUGCGGGUGGACGCAGUCGCGGCCCACAGCUUGGCCGAAGGCGCGAGGCUCUCGGUGAGGGGCGUGUCUCUGGCUGUGCUCCCGUCUCUGAGCGAGAGCACGGAGCCCUGCGGCCCUGCAGAGAUGACCUCAGACGCCCUGCUCAGGCUCAACACACUCAGCCUGGUUUACCACAGCAGCACAGACACUCUCCUGGAGGUACAGAGUGAACACUCGCUAGCUCUGCGCUGGACACCGUCCGACCACAUGUGUCUGUAUCAGCACGUGUGUGAGACCAGGAGCUGCUGGAACACUGUCUCUGCAGCGCUGGGUGUGAAAGGGAAACCCGCCACCCCGGCCUGCCCGGCGCCCCCUGCAGGAAGCCUAGAGGUGCGCGUGGAACUGGCGCACACCCAGCUCACAGCGUAUGUGGCAGAGCAGAACUUCAUAGCGGCGCGUGCUGACGGCCUGUCUGUGUCCCGCCGGCCGGGGAUCACGCAUGCCAGAUCCCCUCGCCUGGUGCUCAACUUCGAUGGCAACGACAUCUUCACGUUGGGCGAGCCGGAGGUGCGUCUGCUGGACGAGGCGGAGGAGCUGCGCCCUCACCGCGUCCGCGACCCGUCGCUCUACGCCCGCACCAACCGCGCCUGGCUGUGCUCCUUCCCCAGCCUGGCCAUGGAGUUCCCCUACCGUUACGACUUCUCCGCCACCUUUGACAGGGCCAUCAGCGUGCAGAAGUGGCUGAAGGACCUACACGCGGCCCCCGCGCCGCCGGACCCCGAGGCCCCGUCCGGCCCCGGCCACCUGCCGCCGGACCUGCUGGUGCGCGUGGGCACCUUCUCCUUCGUCUUCCUGGAUGACGUCUUCGAGAUCAAGCUGCGUGACAACUACGAGCUGAUGAAGGACGAGAGUAAAGAGAGCACCAAGCGUCUCCGGCUGCUGGACCGCCGCGUGGCCGAGCUGCGCAAGCAGCAUGGCGAGCUGUUGCCCGCGCGCAAGAUCGAGGAACUGUACUCCUCGCUGGAGCGCAAGCACAUUGAGAUCUACAUCCAGCGCUCGCAGCGGCUAUACGCCAGCACGCCCAUGCGGAAGACCCUGCUGGCCUGGAGCGUCACCCAGCUGGAGCUGCUGGCGCUGGCUGACCCGUCACUGCACGGGCCUGAGCGCGUGCGCCAGCUGCUGGGGCAGGUGGACGCCAUCAGCCCCUUCCCCAGAGACGGCCUGCCCCUGGUGGUGCAGUGGGCCCGAGCCGUCUCCUUCAAGCUCACCGCCUUUCUGGUGAGGAUCAGGGACUACCCCCGCUACCUGUUUGAAAUCAGGGACUGGGAGCUGUCCGGGCGUCUCAUAGCCACGGAGCAGGACGGCCAGCAGCGUGGACGACGCAGGGAGGUUGUCCAGCUGGGUGAGCCGUGGGGAAACGUGACCGUCUACCGCAACGUGCCCCAUCUCAAGUUCUACUACGACGUCAGCUCCAAAAUCUCUCUCUACACUAUUGUGUGGGGGCCGUGCUGGGACCCUGCCUGGACUCUGAUUGGCCAGGCUGUGGAUUUACUCACCAAGCCCACUGCAGACCCCUCCCCCCUGCUGACCUGGUGGGAUAAAAGCAGACUGCUUCUUCACGGACACUGGCACAUGGACAUCGAGCAGGCCAACCUGCACCAGCUGGCCACUGAGGACCCUUACAACACCACGGAAAAUAUGCACUGGGAAUGGAGUACGCUCAGAUUCCAGUGGAACCCUGGCCAGUUCGUGUUUCAGGGGGACCUGGACGUCAACGUCAGGACUGCCUCCAAGUAUGACGAUAUCUGCUUCCUACACCUUCCCAACCUGUGUAUGACACUUGACCUCCAGUGGCUCUGUCAUGGCAACCCGCACGACCACCACGCCGUGCUGCUUUGCUGUGCGGAGAAUGUGGCCGAGUUCACCUCGGGUCAGCCCCAUGACUCCUACCGGGCCUUCCGCUCGGAGAACCUCAACCUGUCCAUCACCAUGGAGCUCGACCAGCACCACGGCACAGGGCCCGCCCAGCCCCGGAUCCUGCUCUACAGCAGUACGCUGCGUUGGAUGCAGAACUUCUGGGCCACCUGGACCAGUGUGUCGCGGCCCAUCUGCAGGGGGAAACUGUUCCACAGCCUCCGGCCCUCCCGCAAAAAACUCAGCCAGCACUACAAACAGAUGUCCUACACGGCAGAGUUCCCUCAGCUACAGGUUCACUACUGGGCAUCGUUUGCUCAGCAGAGGGGUGUCCAGCUGGAGUGUAGUAAGGGUCAUAUCUUCACAAGAGGAGCACAGAGACUCAUCCCACAGGCGGGCACGGUAAUGCGGAGGCUGAUCUCAGAGUGGAACGUGACCCAGAUGAUGAGUGAGUUGUCUCUGGUCACUGUGUACCUGAUGUCCUCGACCUCAGACGAGACGGCGGACCAGCCAAUCAAUGCCCAGGUGAAGAAGACACACCUACUCAGCCUGUCCUCACUCAGCUAUCAGAGACAGAGCAACCGUGUUGAGGAGGAGGUGAACGUGAAAGACGAGAGUAACGCGUCGUACACACACCGUCUGUGCCUGGUGGACCUGCGAGCCUCCUGGACCGCCACCAACCGGAACAUCGCCUUCGGCCUGUACGACGGCUACAAGAAGGCGUCGGUGCUGAAGAGGAACCUGUCCACCGAGGCUCUGAAGGGGCUGCGCAUCGACACACAGCUGCAGGUCAAGAAGCUGAAGCGCUCCGCCUCCACCUACAUCCCCAGCAGCACCCCCACCCCGCACCGCGCAGAGAAGAGCCAGAAUGAAGGCACGUCUAUGCUUCAGAAGCUGAUCGAGGAGACAGACAGGUUCGUGGUGUUUACUGAGGACGACGCCGGUGUGAGCGACCAGCUGUGUGGAAUCGCAGCCUGCCAGACGGACGACGUCUACAACCGCAACUGGUGCAUCGAGCUGGUCAAUUGUCAGAUGAUGCUGAGAGGCACAGAGACGGCAGGGUGUGUGUUGGUGUCUGCUGCCAAGGCCCAGCUGCUGCAGUGUGAACACCUCCCAGCCUGGUACAGCGACACACUCAAGCAGAAGACCACCUGGACCUGCUCGCUGGACUGCAUGCAGUACUUUGCCACCAUGGAGCCCAACCCCUCAGAACAGGAGGAUGGCCAGCUAUGGCUGGAGGUGAAGAGCAUAGAGGAGCACAGGCAGCGUAACCUGGACUCUGUCCAGGAGCUGAUGGAGAGCGGUCAGGCAGUGGGCGGCAUGGUUAGCACCACCACAGACUGGAACCAGCCCUCACAGGUUCAGGAGACGCAGCAGGUCCAGAGAAUCAUCUCGCGCUGCAGUUGCCGCAUGUACUACAUUGGCUACAGCUACGAUAUCGACCCUGAGCUGGCCACCCAGAUCAAACCGCCGGAAAUACGAGACCACCACGAGAAGGAGGAUCUUCUCAAAAAGCAGGCGGGUGCGGUGGACACCUUCACUCUGAUCCAUAAUGAGCUGGAGAUCUCCACUAACCCGGUGCAGUACGCCAUGAUCCUGGACAUCGUGAACAACCUCCUUCUGCACGUGGAGCCAAGGAGAAAGGAACACAGCGAGAAGAAGCAGCGCGUGCGCUUUCAGCUGGAGAUCUCCAGCAACCCGGAGGAGCAGCGCAGUAGCAUCCUCCACCUGCAGGAGGCGGUGCGCCAGCACGUGGCUCAGAUCCGGCACCUAGAGAGGCAGAUCUACUCCAACAUCAGGGCCCAGCCGGAUGAGCUGAGAGGAGACGAGCAAUCGGAGAUCAACCUGCGUCUGCAGAACCAGCUGAACCAGGAGAAGACGGACCUGCAGAUGAAGAGCGAGGAGCUGAACAUCCUCAUCAGAUGUUUUAAGGACUUCCAGCUCCAGCGUGCCAACAAGAUGGAGCUGCGGAAGCCUCCGGAAGACGUGAGUGUGGUGCGGCGCACGGAGGUAUACUUUGCCCAGGCGCGCUGGUGCCUCACAGAGGAGGACGGGCAGCUGGGCAUUGCCGAAUUGGAGCUGCAGAGGUUCAUGUACAGCAAGCUGAACAAGUCAGAUGACACGGCAGAGCACCUGUUGGAGCUGGGCUGGUUCACCAUGAACAACCUACUUCCCAACGCCGCCUACAAGCAUGUGAGGGUGGUGUUGCGUCCCCAGAGCCCCUGCCAAUCAGGACGACAGCUCGCCCUACGCAUCUUCAGCAAAGUCCGGCCCCCUGUGGGCGGGAUUUCCGUCAAAGAGCAUUUUGAGGUCAACGUGGUGCCGCUCACCAUUCAGCUCAUGUACCAGUUCUUCAAGAGAAUGAUGGGAUUUUUCUUCCCUGGGAGAAACGUGGAGGAGGAGGAGGUCGGGGAUGAAGAGGACAAGUUCCGAUUGGUCACUACAGGUGUGGUGAAGCCAAGGCAGGUGUCGGAGGACUCCAUUGGGGCACUAGGACCCAGCAAAGGAGUCAUGCAGGGGAUAAACCGCACGGCUGGAGUCAGGAGGUCAUUCCGUAAGACACCAGAGCACCCCGUGGACGACAUUGACAAGAUGAAGGAGAGAGCAGCCAUGAACAACUCCUUCAUCUACAUCAAGAUCCCUCAGGUUCCUCUGUGCGUCAGCUACAAGGGCGAGAAGAACAGCGUGGACUGGAGGGACCUGAACCUGGUGCUGCCCUGCCUGGAGUAUCACAACAACACCUGGACAUGGCUGGAUUUCGCCAUGGCAGUGAAGAGGGACAGCCGCAAAGCCCUGGUCGCCCAGAUGAUAAAGGAGAAGCUACGUCUGAAGCCAGCCUCAGCGGCGGACACACGUAGCCGAGUGGUGGAGGGGAAGAUCGACUUCCUCCUGCAGCAGCAGGCAGAAGAUGAGAAGGCGCGGAUGCUCGGCGUCAGCGCAACCGACAGGACAUCCAGCAAGAAGAACAUCUUCAGCCGCCGCAAGUGAGUGUCCCACCGAUCAGGACGCGGGAACUCUGACACCUCUCCUCUUCACCAGACGUGCCUUUGGAAGGGCGUGCUGACUCUGGUUCGACCCCAGCAGGAGCCCAGUUCCCCUUCAUCACAAAAUCAGUCAAGGACGAUGCCACACCAGUCUCCACGACCGGGGCAGCGUAUAUAUAAAUGCACAUUACAUUCUCACACACUGCUGACGUUUUCUAGCAUUUGUGUUCUGCCUGAUUCCCACUGUACUUCUGUGCACUCCACAUGGACCUGGAAUAACCGUCACAUGACCCUCCGGAUCUUGGGAGGGCACCAGUUCACCAGUUAAUUAUCUAACUGCACCACAGACUAUUAAUGACAGCUACCAUCUCUCCUCUUAGGAGGAGAGCUUAGGAGACUUGCUGAAAUCUAACGGUGAGGUCUUGUACACACAUUUCUACGCACUUUGGAGGAGACACAUGAUGAACCAAAAGGGGUGAGAGAGAAGUUUCCCUCCAGAGAGGUGUUUUGUAUGCGGUAUUGAACCUCGUUAAUAUUGGCUUGCCUACUGUCAUGACCCCUGAACUGAAAACGCCCUUAAGAAAUUUGCUUAAUAACUAAGAUCGCAAACUAGUAACAGGUGUGUACUAUAGAGUGUGUGGCCUCAGAUUUACUGUACUAAUGACAUAUUUGUGCAAUACCUAGAAGAAUAUCAGACUGAAUAUCAGACCUAUGGUGAUUGUGUUGACAUCGAUCUUGAUGGGGAGUGUUUUUUGUUGUUUUGUUUUCUAGGGAACACUAGUUUUAACACUAUGGCACUUUUUAGUGUGUUUUGAGUGUUUUGUAGUAUGUUUCUUGUUUAGUGUCAUUUCAGUUUCAUGUCAGGUGCUGCACAGUUUUGUUUUCAGAGAUCAGAAGAGAAGCAUCAAAACAUGUCACUUUUUUCAGCUUCAAUAUUAAGGGAGAUCUUUUCUAUCAGAGCAGUAGCUGUUUUUGGUUUGUUUAUUUCUUUUUUUAUUUGACUAGAGUAUGUCAUCAUGCUUUGUAAUUUAAUUUUCAGAAUUAAAAGACAAAGCCUCAACAAA